UAACGUAGCUAGAGAAAUCUGCCAGGGAGGGGGCUGAAGAACAAAACAAUGACACGGCUCGGAAGGAUUUAAAAACAGCAACACUUUUUAAAAGACUUUUAAACGUAGUCGAAUCGCGGAUUUCCCUCCCGUUUUACGUGCAAGAAGUCGCGGAUACCCGAGCUUUUGACAUCGACUGGCUGUUGUUUUUGUUGAUAUGUUACACCUCAGUUGACAGACUGGAGGCUAGCUGCUGGUGUGAACGGCUCUGAACUGUUGAGGCUUACUCACUCGCAAAUAACAGCUUUCUUUGGGGGAAAAGUUCAAACUAUCAGUCGAAGCCAGCUAGUCGUAAGCUAAGUAUUCUUCCUUUGGAUCAAUCGAGUUAGCCUGUGAGCUGUUUGCGGUCAGUUUGCUAGCUAGCCUGUUGUUAGCAUCAACAUUUGCACAUUCAUCUUUUCAGGGAGAGUUCAUUGUGUUGGUUGUUUCUGAGUAUCUGCACUUAUUUCUGUAGUAUUUCAGAGUUUUAUAUGCUGACCUUAAAUAUAUUGAACGUUGCAACAAAUAGCGAACUUUGAUGCACGAACAAGAGAAUUGUUAUUAGCAAAGACACACCAAGUGUAGCUAAACUCGACAUUUUUUUAAAAAAAAUCUUGAUUCGCUAUUACUGUCAUUGUAAAAGCCUUUGAAGUGUUAAUAUUUUGUGUCUAAAUUAUAUUUUUUUGUGGAUGUGUUGUUAAAGUGAAAUUAUUAGUUCUCUUAAACAUGCAGCUGUUUUAAGCUAACUUAGUCACUGUUUUUCAGCAGUACAGUUGUCAGUAUUACGACAUUUUGUGCAUUUUAAUUAUUGGACAUUACUGGUGCUGCUGUCAAAGCUGGUCCAAUAAGCACUGCUUCUUUAUUUAACUUCACCUUGUGUGAAACGAUGAGUGGGCAUGGCUCAUCUUCUGAAAAGGGAGUCAACACUAGCCUGAUAUGUCAAGAAAGUUAUGCCUGUGGUGGCUCUGAAGAAGCUGCUUUUGAGUGUGAUGAAUGCAGAAGCUUGCAGUGUGUUCGCUGUGAGCUUGAGCUCCACAGUCAGGAACGCCUGAAGAACCAUGAGCGAGUUCAGAUAGGUCCUGGCCACGUCCCAUACUGUGACAACUGUAAAGGAGGUAAUGGAGACAGUGGCAAGAGGCAUAGAGCUGUGGUUCGCUGCCAGAACUGCAAAGUUAACUUGUGUCAAGACUGCCAGAAACGCACCCACAGUGGAGGCAACAAGAAGAAACACCAGCUCACCUCUUAUCCUCCACCACCCAAACCAGCAGGGGUUAACUCUGCACAGACUUCUGCUCCACCCGCUGUCCAAAAUGCUGAUGACACCAAAUCUCAGCAUGCAAAACUUUUGGAGAGGGUUUCCAGCUUUCUUCUAGUUGAUGAGAAUGAAGAAAUGCAAAUAAAAGAUGAAGCUUCAUUUCUAAAGAAGCUGAACUGCAACCCAGACCAGCUGCUGAAGGUGGUAUCCAUCUUUGGAAACACUGGAGAAGGGAAAUCUCACACCUUGAACCACACAUUUUUCAUGGGGAGAGAAGUGUUCAAGACAUCUCCCACACAGGAGUCGUGCACAGUGGGUGUGUGGACGGCCUUUGACCCCAUCCAUAAAGUUGUGGUGAUUGAUACAGAGGGGCUCCUUGGGAACAGUUCCAAACAGGGCCAGAGAACCCGUCUCCUCCUCAAGGUGCUCGCCAUCUCUGAUCUCAUCAUUUAUCGAACCCAUGCGGACCGUCUCCACGACGAUCUCUUCAAAUUUCUCGGUGAUGCCUCUGAAGCUUACUUGAGGCAUUUCACUAAGGAGCUGAAGGCCACAACAGCUCGCUGCGGUCUGGAUGUCCCACUGUCCACUUUGGGUCCUGCGGUUGUCAUCUUCCAUGAAACAGUUCACACUAAGUUACUAGGUUCAGAUAAGUCAUCCGAGUCAGUAGAUCGGCUGCUGUUGGAGCGCUUCAAGAAGGUCUCUCGUUUCCCAGAAGCCUUUAGUUCUGUUCAGUACUGGGGCACACAGACCCUCAACCCCCCUACUGACUUCUGUGGCCUGCAGAAUAAACUGGAGCAGCUCUUGGAUAACAACGCCACCCGCUCCCCACGCACACCGGUUGUCAUCUUCAAAGCCCUACAGGCGCUGAGCGAGCGCUUUAAUGGGGAAAUUGCAGAGGAGCUGGUAGCUCACAGCUGCUUCUUUCCUGAUGAGUACUUCACCUGUUCCAGCAUAUGCCUCAGUUGUGGAUCUGGAUGCAAGAACAGCAUGAAUCAUUUAGGAGAAGGAUUGUGCCAUGAGGCAAAACAUCGCUGUCGUUACUCUGCUCAGUAUGAUAAUCGCAUUUAUACCUGCAAGGCUUGCUACGAAGGAGGAAAUGAGGUCAUAGUUGUCCCAAAGACCUCUGCCUCCUCAGAUUCUCCAUGGAUGGGCCUUGCCAAAUAUGCCUGGUCUGGGUAUGUUAUUGAAUGUCCCACCUGUGGAGUGAUCUAUAGAAGCCGUCAAUACUGGUACGGGAACCAAGACCCAGUGGACACGGUUGUCCGCACUGAGAUCCAACAUGUAUGGCCAGGGUCAAAUGGCUUUUUAAAGGACAAUAGCAAUGCAGCACAGCGUCUUCUGGAUGGAGUCAACCUAGUGGCUCAGUCUGUGUCAGAGCUCAGUGUUAAACCUGCCAAGGCCGUCACCUCUUGGCUGACUGAUCAGAUCGCCCCGGCCUACUGGAAACCCAACUCCCUCAUCUUGGUGUGCCAUAAGUGUCACACAGUCUUCCAGGACAACGACACCAAGCAUCACUGCCGUGCCUGUGGGGAGGGUUUCUGCGAUGGCUGCUCUUCUAAAUCUGCACCCGUUCCCGAGAGAGGCUGGGGUCUCGCCCCUGUCAGAGUGUGUGAUGUCUGCUUUGAACAAAGAGCUUCUUAUGCAGAGGUGAUUGAAGCAGAGCUUGAGGAGGAGGAAGGUGGAAACCUCGCAAGGAAGGUUGGAGAAGCAGUGACAAACACCAUAGGGGUCGUGGUCACUGCUAUUGACAUCCCACUUGGUUUAGUGAAAGAUGCAGCCCGUCCUGCCUACUGGGUGCCUGACCAGGACAUCCUGUCCUGUCACAACUGCCAGCGCGACUUCACUGCCAAGCUGUCCAAGCACCACUGCCGCGCCUGUGGCCAAGGAGUGUGCGAUGACUGUUCCCCGGAGCGCCGUCCGGUUCCGUCGCGGGGCUGGGACCACCCUGUGCGCGUGUGCACCAGCUGCAACCAGAAACCCGGGGAACUUUAACAGGGAUGGCCUUCCUUCCUCAGAUCACCAGAGAGAACCGAUGGCUCACUCAGCUCGCAGUCUGUCACUGCUAUACCUCUGUUACUACAAAGGUUCUGUCUUGUAUCUGUGGCAAGGAAGCUUUAGUCAGACAUAGGACAUUUAGCAGAUUUGGGAUUUCAGAGUUCCUGUGGCCUUUUAGAACAGCCAGAAUAUGUGAGUUACUUGAUCGAGUGUGAGGUCGACAUUUCCACUCAGAUUAACUGAGUGAAUAUUUUGAUUCUUAUUGACACAAAUCCCAAAUUCUCUGUUACAUAAGGCUGUUGAGCUAUUUUUCUACUAUCGAAAAAUAUAAAAAAAAAAUAUGUAUCAUUUAAAAAUAUUAGAUAGCUGAGAACCCUGUGGGGUUGGUUUGAUUAGGUUUUAGUAAUCCUUAUCAUUGAGCAUUGUUUUUCUGAUGUCGUAUUGUAAUGGCAAGGAGAAAUUUUAUAUCCAUGCAGAUAUACCUGCAGGUUCCUUUGCAUGCUGUAUUGCAACAUUUUAGUUUUUGCACUAAGCCUUUUUUCAGCUGUUAUAGGCUGUUGCUUACAAUGGCCAAAAUCCAGAUAUCCAGGUGAUUAACCAGUACGUCAUCAGUCCUGCACUGAGUUAAAAAUCUCCAGUAGUUCUAGUGAGGCGGAUAUCUGGUGUGCCAAAAAUCAUUCAGGUCACUGUGUCUGUGCUUGUAUAAUGUUAAUAUUUGAUCAUGUACUUCGUGGUUGUAUGAAGACAUAGAGCUACGUAUGUUAGAGGAGUGUACAAUUGAAAUGUGGAAGAUUAUUUAUGUACUGAAGAUGAAAUAAAAGUACUUAGCAUUAUUUUUUAGCACUCUGGCAUGCAUGAUAGUUUGACAGAGAUUCAUGGCCUUUUAUUUAUUCAGAGGGCAGUCUCUGAAUAAACCUCACAAUCUCUACCAAGCGGCAUUUUCUGUGUACACGUCAUAAAAGUUAUGUAUUUCAUGUCUCAGCUUUGUUUUCAUGACACAUUAAAUUGUUUUCUAAGUAUUUAUAGACACUCAAAUUUGUCUUCAGAGCACUUACCUUCACACCUCCAGGUCCGUAUAUGACUGGAUAAGGACUCCUGACAAACUAAACACAUUUUUGUUGUUUUGGAGCUUCACAGUUGUUUUCAUCUGUUAUUGAACUAUGUUGUAUUUUUUUUUCCAAGUAUAAUUGCUGUUUAUGCUUGACAUUAGUUACUGUAUUAAUAUUUAUAUACUUUGUAGUGACUGUAUGUGAACCACCCUUUUUUCUCCAUGUUGUUGGUCAAAUGUGACAGUUGGCAGGAUGCUGAAACACAUUUAGUUACCGAGAGCUUUAAUUUUUCAAAAGUACAUCUUGCAUCAUUACUAUUUUUUAUGACUUUGUAAUGACAUCAUCACAUCCAGAAAGCAUACAAAGCACAAGGUGAUGCCUUUUAACUCAUAUGGGUGUAUUUUAUUGUUAAAAUGAAAAUGUCUUUGUUGCUUGUAAGCUAUGUAGAUAAAGUUACAUCUCCCUUUGCCCCUUAAGUGGAACUAUUGGUUAUGAUGUCUGGGAAGAUGUUGUGUCUACCUUGUCUCAGAAUAGAUUUAUGCGUCUGAACAUUGCAUCAUACACACCCUCCUCUCAAACGCAAAUAUUGCACAGAAUAUAAUAGGAAAUAGAUCAUGUCAGAUUACUUGUACUGGAGUUCAUUCCCAUGCAAAUGUGUGCAGCGUGUUGGUUCAGAUAUCUUUUGUGGUGUUUGAGGGAUACCUUUCCUGUUCAGUGUUUUUGAGUAUGUCGAGUGCUAUCAUCAACACUCCUCACCUACAAAUCAAACAGGAAUGACUCAUGAAUUUUAAACUAAUGGAAAUAUAACCUAACUUGAAACAUUUAUGUGCGGGUACCAAACUGGUGGAAGAUUUGCAUAAGAUUAAAGAUGUAUCAGAUCCCAUCUGUCAAAAUGUAAUCUGAAAUUGC